AUGACACUAAUUAAACAGAGCGACCAGUUUAUCCAAAAAUCGCUCGAGCUGCUCCAGGCGAGCCCGGAGGACACAACUGUGUCGAUAACAUACACACACUCGAGGGCGAAGUCGGCCAAGGUCGGCAAGCCGGCCAAAGCGCUGAUCAAAAUCAAGACUUACAAUCCCCAAACCGGCAUCUGUUUGAACUUCAAGACCCACAAAGCAAAGGAAUUCAGCAGGAUGAUUAAUGUUCUUGGGCCUAGAGGCAGCUCCAUGACGAAGGUCGAGAAAGAGAAAAAAACCGUACAUCUGGAUGGUUUCUCUAGUGUUAUGAGUAAUGUUGAGUUCAAAGAGGAGACCGCACCUGCUCCAGCAGCAGCUCCUGUGGUGGAGCAGGCUGAGACCGGAGGCAAGAAGAAAAGCAAAAAGAAGGGCAAAAAGAAGUAA